UGUUGUGCUCCUGAAGAGUGAGUAAGGACUGUGACGCCCAGACUUGGCCUCAUUCCCCGUUUUUUGGCCGUGUCACCCAGUUAGGUUUUUGCCGGACUGAGUGUGUGCCAGUGUUAAGAACCCUCCCGUUGGAUGGGGACCUUUUAUCCAUCGCGAAACAUGAGUAGUCCAGCUCCGUGCUCGUCCUGGCCUUUGUCCUCGCCUUCGCCUGCUGCCUUGAUUUUGUGCCGGGUAUGCCAGGUUCAGGACAAAAAAUAUCUGUGCCCCCGAUGUCGAUCGCCUUAUUGCUCUGUGACUUGCUAUAAAGCCCACCAAGAAUCUUGUCAACCCUCGGCUCCGGAGCAGGACCCAGCAAAGGAUUUAGGGGGCCACUCAUCCCUCAUCUACACGGAAGAUGAAGCCGUGGUUGUGCCUCAUGAGCAUCUGGAACAACUGGCCCAUUCCGAGGAACUGAAACGGGUCCUGGCCAAUCCGGAGCUUCGCCGUUUCCUCACGUUCAUGAACACCACCCAUAACCCCAAAGGCUUCAUGAACUUGGCCAUGCAAGAGCCCUUGUUCCUGGAGUUUGCCAAUAUCUGCCUCAAGGUCCUCCAUCCGGAAUUGAACGAAGGCGAGGAGCCCUCGUUGGAGCAGGUCCAAGAGUUUGUGCAAGAGACCAUUGAGCAAGCCCAAGAAGACGCUUGA